AUGGCCUGGAGAGACGCAACCGUCGGCCAAAGCAUCGUCAUGGUCGCCAAUGGAGCCGUCCGCGCCGCGCAAGUGGUGACGGGGGUGCUGACCAUCUUCCUCUACGCGCCGGAGAAAGGAUACUGGCAGGACCAUGGGUUGCCAAAGACACUCAACUUUGAAUUCGUGCUGGGCUCCCUCGCCAUCGUCACCGGUCUUGCUAUGGGUCUCGUGCCCUUCAAAUUGUCCUACCGCCCCGUCGCGCUCGCCUGCCCAUGGGACAUCGUCAUGUUCUUCAUCGCCGCAUUCUACAUAAUGAGGAACGUCAACAGCAAGUUCCUCACCGAGCCGUUCCAUCACGUCGAUCAAUACAACGACGGCCUCUUCUUGACCCACAAGUUGGCCAUGUAUGACAAGGUGUGGAUUGAUCUCGCCGGCAUGCUUCUCUUCCUCGUCAGUGCAACCAUGGGCGCGGUCUUGCUGUGGACUGGGAAGAGGAACAGGAUCAUCGGACGACACAGCGCUGUUUAG